CAGAUGAGUCAAGGGCUCUGCGCACACCACAUUCCAGCAGACAAAGAGGCAGAGGAGAACAAGCCACAGCCUGUGUGUCCGGAAGAUCUUGCGUGCAACGAUGAAAGCGGUCCUGGCUGCUCUGCUGACUUUUGUGGCAUCCCUAGAACUCGCUCUCGCCUUGAUGUGUUACACCUGCAACCAACCCACCGACCUCAGCAACUGCUGGACUCGCACCAACUGCUCGUUGCAGACCGUUGCAUGCAAGACGACGGUGCACUCCGUGGAUUCAGGCUUCCCCUUUUUCGGAAACAUCACUGUGACCAAAUCCUGUGCUGAAAAGUGCACACCCUCCGAACCAGACGGAAUUGGGGAGAGUCACCCCGACUUCUGCUGUUACAAUGAUUUGUGCAAUGUUGGUUCCGGGCAGGAGGCCAGGGUGACCUUCUCUGCCAUGGGUUUUACAGCUGCCAUUGCCUUUGCCCUCCUCUGGACCAGAGUAUAAGGCUGGCGGCUGGGUUGGCUUGGAGAAAUUGCACCCAGAAAAGAAGCGCAGAGGCACUGUCCCAAGGGGGGAAACAGCAGAGACUUUCAGGACGUUCAGAGGGGGUUCCUCCAGAAGUGUAUGGAUGCUCUCACUCCAGAUAGUCCCCCACAGAGGACGGAGUCAAGAAAACUUCAGGGUGAGAAUUGCACCAAAGAAGGAAGAAUUGCACUGCCAUCAGUACCUGGCAUGUCCUCCAUCUGUGUUCGUCCUUCAUAGUUCUAGUAGCUUCCAUUUCCUUGCUGUGUGCCCAGAUUAGCUGGCACUUGGCAGUAUGUCCCCAAUAUAUUCCUAAUAUCUUGAAAAUGUACCUCUUUGAUUAGCAGAAGAUCAGCCUUCUUGGUAUUGGGUCUAACUCUGGGCCUAUUCUGUCCUUUGAAGCUAUGAUGCUUAUAAAAUUUGGGUCCUGCAUGUGUAAGACACCCAGCGAAAUAGUCAUACCUAAAUGUACACAUGCAUUUCCUAGGACACAGGAAGAGGUAUGAUUUCCAGUAUUCUUUCAUGGGAAGAUUCAUCCACUGGUUCUGUUGGAAAUGCAUGGAUUAUACAGUGUUUACUCACUAGCUUAUGAGCCCUUUCCCAUAAAACACAUAUAGCUAUUUUCAACUGGCAUACUCUUGAGAAAUGCAGAGGAAGCUUAAAAUCCUCAUUUCUCCCCUUUGCCUAGAAGGUUUCUGGCCUUCAUGGUUUCUGAGACAAGCAUGAAAGCAGGUAGAUCGUUGUUGCUAAAAGCUUACAGGAAACGGGUGGCCCAGAUGGCAAUCUUAAUGUCUUGCCCAUGUCCUUUCUAAUGCAAGAGUCACUGUCCUUCCAUGCUGCCACCAGCACCACUGAGAUUCUGGUUUCCCCUUCCUCACUGCCCUCUGCUACCCCAAUACUUGCUAAAAUAUUCCAUCAGUCACCAGAAUCCUCACACUACAAUUUGAAUGCAUGAUGUACGUUGAACAGAACCAUGCAAAUUUGCAGGGUCCUGAGCUCACCAUUAGGAUAAUUCCAAGGUAGGAUCCAGUACAUUGUAGGGCUUGGGCUAAGCCACAAAUUUGAUCCUUGGCCUCACAAGUUACUUAACCUUUUGUUCCCCAUAUAUAAAAUGGGGAGGUUGGUGGCCCGCUCUGCAGGCUUGUUGUGAGAAUGGUCAAGAAAAGGAUGCCAAAGCCCCUUUGCAUGCUGAAAGUGGUGGAGGUGGGUGUAACAAGAAACGAGAGUAAGAAUAGUUUUGUCUACCACUAUGAAUGUGUAUACAUCACUUUUCAACAAAAGUUCCCAAAGUGGUUUACACAGAAAAAUAAAUAUCAAAUCAAUAAGAUGGCUCCCUGUCCCCAAAGGGCCCACCAGCAACAACAGCUGCAAGGACACUGUACUGGGUGUGUGGGUGGAUGUACACACACACACACUCAUCUACUCAUCCAUGAUGAGUGAAAAAUGAUGCCUGAUGAGUGAAAACAAUCUUGAGGAGUAAUGUACUGUGCCAACAUUUUUUGACCCAUGUACACACACACACACACACACACACACAAACACAGUAGGAUAAAGCUGAAAAGCAACUUCAUCCCUCUUUCAUGGGGUGCUUUAAAUAAAAACAACACAACAGUCAUUAUGCAAGGGAAACACAUGUUGAAAUCUAAUUCUAAACGGGAACGUGGGAAGGGAAGGGUAAAGCUAUUAAGAGGGAAACCAGCAGAAUGUCCCUAUUCAUGCCUGAAGAAAACCCUAUGCAGAUAUUAUGUUACACCUGCAUUCAGUUGUCUGUACACACAUACAAGUUUUUGUGUGAGCAUCCGUUUAAAAAGUGAACCUGAGUGCCGGCUCCCUGAAAUGCAGAUUACAGAUAGGAAGUGGACUGCUGUAUCUGUGUUUAACAUCAUGUGUGAAUAGCAGUAUCUGCCUACAGAUCUGUACCUGUGUACACAGGCGCUUUCAAGAUUACAUGCUACAACCGUGGUAGUUUUACUCUGGCUUGGGAAGAUCCUCUUGAAAGCGUAAAUAAAAGCUGUUGCG